AUUUCGUUCACAGGACGAAUUUAUGAUUUUAUUCAAUUACAUCAUACUUGUUCUUUAUAUCAAGAGUUUAAUAGAUUCUUGUACAACCUUCCUUGUAGAAUCACCACUCAAAGCAGUCGUAGCAUAAUACAAUUUGACGUGGUAACAAUUCAUCUUCGUCAUGGCAAAUAA